GCUCUUGAAGUGAUGAAGAAAGAGCUUCUGGCAAGGCCAACAGAGAAGUUGGUUGAUGAUUUGCAUAAGAAAGUGAAAAUUUUGCCGGCGGUGGGGUAUAAUUCAAUUGAGGCUGAAGCUUGGGAAGUAGCUACUAGUGGGGAAGAGAUGAGCAAAAUGGAGUCUCUUCUUCUUGACAAGAACCGAAAAAUGGAACAUGAACUGACACAAUUGAAGGUCAAACUUAAUGAGAAAACGUCUUUGCUGGAAAUAGCUGAAGGCAAGAUAGCAGAACUUACAGCGAAGGUUAACGAACAGCAAAAACUGAUACAAAAGUUGGAAGAUGACAUGUUGAAGGGCUAUAGUUCCAAAGAUAGAAAAGGCAAUCUAUUUGAUGAUUGGGAUCUUUCGGAGGCCGGGGGUUCUGAGCUAUCUGAGGUGGGCUUUGAGAUGGUGGAUACUAUAGCUGAAGUUGAAGGGAUAUCCAUAAGCAGUGUUUCCUUCAAAGCUCUAUUAGGAAAAGGUUGGGGCUAUUGUUUCGUAUUACAAGAUUCCGUUAAAGCAAGUACUUAUGAUUUUUGACGACUUAGAUUUGCCCUUUGCAAAGUUGCAGCUUUUGCCAAAAGGUGGACAUGGAGGACAAAAUGGAUAAUUUUAAUGCUACUUUGAUGUUCUAUUUCUGCUAAUAUUUUGGCUUCUGUCAUGGAUUUAAUUCAUCAU